AUGCAGCGCCCGGUGUUGACAGAGCCGGCGUACUGGCGGUCUCAGGCACGGCGGCAGCUGCAGGCAUCAAUAGACCGGCCGCAGCUUCUUGGUUACGCCCGCAACGCCGUGCUACUGGUGGGCCCCGGGCUUUCGGCCAGUGGGCUGGCGGCGGCGCGCGUGCUGAGCGGCCAGAGGCGGGGGGAUGCCGGAGAGGGCGCCGCACUCUGCCUGGACGCGCUGCCCAGCGUCGGGCUCGCCAAGACGUACUGCGUGGACUCCCAGGUGGCGGAGAGCGCGUGCAGUGCCACCGCGCUGCUGUGUGGGGUGAAGGGCCGCGCCGGCACGCUGGCUAUGGCGCCGUCUGCGCGCCGCGGCGACUGCAGGGCGCAGGGCAACGCGACGCUGCACCUCUCCUCGCUGCUGCGGUGGGCGCAGGAAGGGGGCAAAGCGACGGGCGUGGUUACGAACGGACGCGUGACGCAGGCACCGGUCGCCGCCAGCUACGCACACGCAGCCUCCGCUGCGUGGGAGAGCGAUGCCCUGGGUCCUGCUCACCAAGACCGUGAAGGCCACUCUUGUCCGGACGUGGCACUGCAGCUAGUCACGGGCGAGACCGGCCAGAAGCUAAAGGUCGUAUUGGGCGGGGGUCGUGCAAUGUUCCGACCGAACACAGCAGAAGACGAAGAUGGUGUUGGUUGCGGCAGCCGCCUCGACGGACGAAAUUUGAUCGAGGAGUGGAACGCAGACAAGUACGUUCGCGGUGUGUCCAGCCGCUACAUCUGGAGCCGAGGACAGCUGCUACAGAAAGAAACCUUCGAGAAGGACUACAUACUCGGGCUUUUCGGCGCGUCUGAACUGCCAUUCCACCUGGACACCGCGGACAGCUCUACUCCAAGGUUGUCGGAAAUGACGCGUGCUGCCAUCACAGCGCUGCAGCGGGAGUACAACGGCUUCAUCCUGCUCGUCUGCGCUGCCCUAAUGGACAAGGCUCAUGGGCUAAAUCUAGCACAAAAGGCUCUGGACGAGACGCUGGAACUGGAAGCAGCGCUACAAGUCGUACUGGAGCUGACAAACGAAAGUGACACCUUGGUUGUCGUCAUGGCCGACCAUGCACACAGCCUGAGUUUUAGCGGCUCCCCUCCCAGGGGCAACGACAUUUUUGGUGUGUCUGGCUUGGAUAGUGAAGGCGUUCCGUACACAUCCCUCACAUACGUCUCUGGUCCAGGGUACCGACCUGUGCCACUGAGCUACGACGUCUGUGAGGAUAACACACACGGGAAGGACUACGCGUUCCCGGCGAUGAGGCCGGAAGCUACAGCGUCGCACAGCGGGGAGGACGCGCUGGUGCUGAGCCGUGGGCCCUGCUCGCACCUGCUCUCUGGCGUCUUCGAGCAGAGCUACGUCCCGCACGCCGUCGCGUUCGCCACCUGCGUCGGCGAUGGCGCCACCGCCUGCAACUCCGCAUGA